CUGUCAAACGUUUAUUCAUCACCAAACCACACAAACGUACGGUGUCACCGUAAAAACAUCAAAAUUCCAGUGUAAAAAAAAACAUAUAAAAAUAUUAUUCUUAUAAUGACUUUUAUAGUGUUUUACAACGAUUAUGGCCCAAAACGAUGAUGAAAUUACGUAUACCAAGAAACGGCAGUGGCCGGAGCACACCAGACUCCUGCUCGGGGGGAUGUACCGCAUCUUAGAGACGAGCGGCUCCCUACCCGAUCACGUGUUCCCCAUGCGCAUGCUGUUCGCGGACACGUGGUACAUCCGCCUGUUCCGUCAGGCGGCGCGCUGCCGCGGCUGCGUGCCCAGCUUCCCGCAGCUCUCGCCCCCGAUGCUGCAACGAAGGAUCCUCAGCAGCCUCAAACUAGGCACCUAUUACUGUAUUUAUGAGUCACAUCAGAAGAAAUGCAAAGAGAGGAAUAUAAACCCAUUAUCACAAGGAGUGUUCCUUUUGACAUCUCGUCCAGUUGUCACAAACGUUGCACGCAUCGGAACGCCGAUGCAGAUCCGAGACUACCGGACGGAGAAGAAGCUGGCUGAUGAGAGUAGCGCCGUACUGGCGCUGGUUAAAGGCGUCAAGACGUACAUGCGCUCAAUAGCUACGUCGGUAUUCAACGCAGCAUCACAGCUUUGGCCCAUUGAUACCCUGAGAGCAAGUAUAAUCGCGACGACCCUGCUCCAUCCCCUGGACGUGAUCAAGGUCCGUCUGCAGCUGUACCCGGAGUCGUGGGGCGUGAACAUGUUCCGCCAGAUGUUGCGCUGCGAGGGUCUGAAGGCACCCUACACCGGUCUCACCGCCGGGAUACUGCGGCAGACCACUUACACCACCUCGCGACUUGGGACCUACUACUGCCUGUAUGAGUACCAUAAGAGUAAGUACGGCAGCAUACCGAGCUUCUCCCAGAAGGUGGCUAUCGGCGUGUACGCGGGGCUGGUGGGCGCGUUCGUGGGCUGCCCCUCCGAGAUCAUUCUCGUGCGCAUGAUGGCCGACGGGCCCGUCGACCCCUACCGCCGGUACCGAGGGCUCUUCGAUGCCUUCACCAAAAUUUGGAGGGAAGAGGGAAUAUGCACGCUGUGGCGCGGGGCUCUGCUGACGAUGUCAAGGUCCGUCGUCAUCAGUGUCGCUCAGAUCGGGACCUAUGCUCAGGCUCGAGAUUACCUGACGGAAAGAAAGCGUGCGAAGGGGUUUCUAUUGCACCUUUACACAUCACUGCUAUCCAGCUUUGUCACUGCUGUGGCCACGCUGCCUAUAGAUACCUUCAAGACGAGAUACCAAGUGAUGAGUAGUGGCUCUCACAAGGAGAUCUACACCAAGUUUAAACAGGAAACGGGCAUCCUCGGCUUCUGGCGAGGCUUCACGCCUUACUACCUGAGGCUCACAGUCCACACACUGGUCACCUUCUACUUGUUGGAGCUCCUCUACGAGAUCCACCACAAGAAACAAAAGAAACCGAACACUAUUUAAAACGGUCUUCGAAAGCAAAAAAGUGAAAAGUGUUUUGUAAAUGUCCACAAAAAUACAUGGAAUGAUUGACGCUACAUGAGUCUCGAUCCCGGGACUCGAAAAAGGUUCCAUUAUUCCAUAUUCUCGUUUGUUUUUGACGUGUUGUUUUUAUUUAUUGAUACUAUUUGAUAUUGGUAAAAUAAUUACAAUGUUAGCUGAAUAAUAUGAUAAACAUAGUAAAUAAGUCGAAGCUUCGUUGAUUAUUGAAAUAUUUAUAAAUAAAAAAAGCUGUAUA